GAUUAUGGGUGUAUUAUACUUUGAAACCAAGACAAAGACAAAGACAAAUAAUUAGAAAGAUACAUAAAAAUCUCAAAAGAACAAAUAUUCUACCUGGUACCAACAUAGAUAUCGGAAAUAAACCAAUCAUACAACAUCAAAGUAAUUCAAAUUAUGUCAAAUCAUCGACACGCACGAACACACACGUUUUUGGAAGACAGGAAACACUGUUCUAUUCCAUUAAUCAACCUCAGAACCCACACUCUCAUCACUCACAAUAUCCCACUAUUGUUGUUAUAGUGAUGGUCUGAUGGAAGCCCUUUUAUCGAUCAGCAACUCUAAGAAAUAAUUACUAUAUGCCUGCAUUUCCAACACUUGAAAAGCUGUCUGGCAACAAACUUACCAAAUUAACUCUUACAUUAACCAGCUAUCCGCAAACGAGUGAAGUUCAUCUUCAUCUGGAUUGCACUUUCCUCAUCUCUAAUCCAAGUGUUUAGGAAACUGAGCUGGGUAUUACGCAUAUAAAAUGGCUUCUUCCUUCCAACGAAGUUUCCUUGUAACUUACCCUACUCAUAGUAAUCAUAUCCGUAACCAUAACCAUAACCAUGCAUCGUCACACUCAACAAAAUCCAGAAGGUUCCAACUACACUAGCAGUCAGUCAUCUCGGUCUUCCUACAAAGGUGUAAGACGUAGGAAGAACGGGAAAUGGGUAUCGGAAAUUCGAGAGCCUAAAAAACCUACUAGAAUUUGGCUUGGUUCUUACCCUACCCAAGAGAUGGCUGCUGUGGCAUAUGAUGUGGCAUCCCUAGCUUUGAAGGGCCCCAAUACCCAACUCAACUUUCCAGAAUCAUCCCCUUCGUUGCCAGUCCCACACUCCACUUCUCCCAGGGAUAUUCAGGCAGCAGCUGCCUCUGCAGCUGCAGCUGCUGGGGCAGCUGCUGAUGCAUUGAAUUUUGGAAGAAAGGAAAACCACGAAAAUGAUGCUGAAAAUACUGAUAAGGGGAAAAGGACUGAAGAAUAUUUUAUGGAUGAAGAUUUGAUAUUUGAUAUGCCAAAUGUGUUGACAAAUAUGGCUCAUGGAAUGCUUCUUAGCCCUCCUCGCUUGGAUGUCCCUGCUUAUGUUGAUUAUGAUCAUGGUUAUGAUAAUGAAGAAGAAGAUUAUGGCAACUUUUCAGGAAAUCACAACUUUUGGAAUCAACCUUAGAAGAGAAGUAAACAAUAUACGCAGUAUCCCUAUAACUAUAUACUAUCAUAAACUCCAAGUCUCCAAGGAAUAUUUAACUUUCUCUUUGCUCGAUCUUUUAGGAAUAUAUAUAUAGCAAU